AUGACUACACAGACGAACUCUCUCCCAGCACAGUUCAUGAGCAAAGAUAAUCUUAUACCACGAAACACAAUUACCCAGAUGGUUAUUGGAGGUUUUGGGAAUAGAAGCAAUUUCUCUGAUAUGAUCCAGACAGCAAAAUCAAUAGUGGACACAAGUGCCCCUGCAAUAUAUGGCCACCUUCAUCAGAAUUUAGGGAAGCUGAAGCUGGAGGAAUACAGACUUUCUGCCAUUGAAAGAGACAACUGUUUGCUGCUGGAGAUGUCCUGCAUCAUGAGAAAAAAGGGACAAAUUGACAACAAAAAUGACUAUAAGGCCAAAAGGUAACAUCAGCAGCACUAUUUCUAUGUAGUUAUCAAGUUACCUUCCCAGUGACAAACAUAGCUAAGGAUCAACUGCUCUGUAAGGACACGUAUUUGAAAGGCAGCCUAAGGUAUAAUCAACACUUCAGAAAGCUAUUUUCUUGCCCUGUCACAUGAAAUCUGACACCAGGUCAUUUUCCUCCUACCCUCUGCUGAAGAGAAGAUGGCUUUAAAUUAAUUUUUCAGUCUAAUAACUGAUGGAAUGAAAAAAAAAAAAAAGAGAGGGGGAACAUUGCCCUACUUUAAGGAAAUAAUUGAAGCAAACCUGUUACGUCUCAGCAAAGCUGUUGAUCCUGCUAAGUGAGUCAUUGCUGCUGACUUUGCCAGUUGUUCCUACAGACACCACCGGAAAAAGGGAGACCCAAAGCUUUGAGAUGAAAUAAAACCAGAGCAAAAAAUAGAAUUAAAAUGAAAAAAAAAAAAAGUGGAGCAGGAAGCAGGCAGAAGCAAAAAUUUUAUUUAAUGCUCAAAGGAGACCAAAUAAAACAUGCCUCCGUCACUGGAGUGAACCAUCCUACAUAUUUUUGAUUCAGGAGGAAAUUCACAUCCCAAACAGGGCACGGCAAAACAGUCAACAACAGGGACAGGUUUUGAAGUGAAGAGAAUGGUUUGUAUAGCUCAGGUGGUAAUUGUUAUCGCCUGUGAUUCAUUUACAGACAGACUACUUCAUGACAGACUGACUGCUCAUCAGAUCCUAAAGUGUCUCCAGACAGCAAAAUGCUGAUCAGGUGCAAGUGACCUAGGUAGAACUCACUAUACAUCACUGUCAUGAAUAUUUGCACAGUUCCUUUAUCUGAAGCAGAGUUGGUCAUGGCCACAUCAUGCAAAUCCACAUCAUAGCACUUAUGGUUUGUCACUAGUGAAUAAUACCCUGAUCAGUGCAGGUAUCAGCAAGCAUCCACUGCCAAAGGUGUGAUUCCACAUGAUAUAGAAGGAGCAGAGUAUCCUCCCUCUCUCCCUUCACAAUUCAAGUGGCAAACUCCUGUUGUUUUCC